AUACAGUGGUGAAAGAAAUGCCUUUAACGCCUAUUGCAUUUAAAAAUACAAAACGACGGUCUCAACAGCCACUGAGAGGGCGCGAUUAUUUUAAAGCACAGCAACGAAAGACAGUUUCUAACUCUGCUGCUUUUCUUGGUUUUGACCAAGAAAAUUCCGAUUUCCACCGCUCUUGCCCCGCACAUGUAGGAGUAAAAUUACAACCGGAAGUGAUGGCAAAACAGCACGAGCGUUUCUCGCGGCUCUCUCUUUGAUUUAUUUUCGAUUGGCUCUCAAGAGCAGCGAAACGACCCGUGUGCGACGUCUGCGAGGGGGCACCUGCGUGUGUUGCACUUUCUGGACCGUGGAUAGCGGUCUGCGUAUCUGCGGGCAUGUAAAUCCUCUUGUCUUUGGCGGCGUUAGUGGCUUAAAAAGAAGGAAACUAAAAUCAAAGGGAAGAGAUUGUUUAGAAGUUUGUACACACAAGGAGGACAUCUCUAGCAAAGACGCCCCAAGAGCCAUGAUUGGGUGCUGCAGGGCGAGAAGGCUGGAUUUUCAAGCAUUGCGCGGGGAGGCUUGGGCGGCUAUUGUGGGCAAAGCGAAGGGGAGUGGUGGGAGAAGCAGGCUCAGCUCCCAGGCUGGGAUCCACAGCGGUCAGCCGAGGGAGCAGCAGCAGCGAACGCGGCGCCUGGAAAAGAAGGCUACUACUCUGCCCGCGAUCGGUUACCAAGACUUAAGUAGCCGGCUGUUUUCCAGCGAUGCAAAGAAAGGAGACGCGGACGAGUCAGAAAGGCAGAGGUCCUCCUCACCGGCCACCGCAGCUCCGGCAGACUCCGCUCGGCCCAUGGCCAUGGGGAACCGCAGGAGGCGGGCUUGGGAAAGAUCCCUUUCUCCCCUGGAAAGGGUAAGCCAGCUGCUGCCGGAGGAAUUCCUUUCUCCGGAGAUCAGAGCCAUGAGGAACUCGGAGGCAAAGGAAUCCCAUCCGGAGACCUGCGCCAAGGAAACUGGCUCCUCGCCUUUCCCCGCCGUUCUCCCCCAGGCAGAAUCCCAGCUGGAGUCGAUGCCCACGAAACUCCUAAGCACGCCUAAUAAAAACGUCCCUUUCCAAGUAGGGGAUCUGAUCCUAGCAGAAAUCCGCAGAAGACGCCACACCGAGUUUAAAAAGCUGUCGCAACUCACCUCCACCGGAGUGCUGAAUAGCAGCUGGGGGAUGAUUCAGUACGCUGAUAUAAUAGGCAAACUCCCUGGACAGAUGUUCAGGACGUCGACUGGCCACGUGUUCCUAAUCAGGAGGCCAGCCUUGGAGGAAUUUGUGACGAUGAUGAAGAGAGGACCGACUAUUUCCUAUCCGAAGGAUAUCAACGCAAUGCUGCUACUAAUGGAUACUAGUCAAGGAGAUACAGUGCUGGAAGUUGGUUCUGGGUCUGGUGGGAUGAGCUUAUUUCUGUCAAGAGCAGUUGGGCCCCAAGGACGUGUUAUAAGUUAUGAAGUCAGAAAAGAUCACUACGGAGUGGCAAAAAGAAAUUACAAGAGAUGGUGUGAUGCAUGGAAAAUAGGGCACACUGUGGAGUGGCCAGAUAAUGUGGAUUUCAUUAAUGAAGAUAUUGUAAUGGCAGCUGAGGAUCUGAAAACUGUAACAUUUGAUUCAAUAGCUUUGGAUAUGAUGACCCCACAGAAUGCUUUACCUGUGGUUUUCCAAAAUCUUAAAGAAGGGGGCAUUUGCACUGUUUAUCUUGCAAAUAUCACACAGGUUAUUGAUCUGUUGGAAGCCAUCUCGCUCAGCAAGUUAACCCUUUUUUGUGAAAGGAUAAUUGAAGUGACACACAGAGAUUGGUUAGUACUCCCAGCUACAUGGAAACAUUGUCGCUUUUUCCAAAAUAUGGAAUCCAAGCACAACAUGGAUGAUGAAUCAACUUGGUAUAAUGAAAAUGAUGAGGUUCCUGCUGAAGAGAGUGCUGGUGAUGAUGAAAAUGAUGAAGUUUUCGUUUCUGACAAGGCAAAGCCUCCUUACAUUGCUAGACCUUUCCCUUGGCAAAUUGGCCACACAGGUAAGAAUGACUUUAUAAAUAUAGCUUUCAAAAGCUACAAUUUCAUUACUGCUGCUGCAUUUUUCAUAUGCACCAUUACUUUUUUAAAAGAAAUGUAAUUAAUAAAUCUGGAGCCUUAAGACUCAUGCUUUUAUUCAUUAUACACAUAUUGUAUCAGUAUUGUUGAUGAAUGUUUUUGUUUCCUUCCCAUACUAGCAUUUCUUGUCAAGUUGCGGAAAUUUAAUCCAGCACAUCCAAACACUGAUACCAAUGGUAACUGCUAAUUUGAAGACUGCACUUUACCAGAAUAAUCAAAAUUGUAUAUUUGUUGUAAUUUUUAGGAAACCAGAGCUUCUAAUUAUACUGACAAUUUUUGAUAUUGUAUGUUUCAACAAAAAUAGAACUUAAAGAAUAAUAAACUUAAACAACAGAUA